GCCGGCGAGCGGCGCGAGGGCGCCGAGGCCGCGGCGGCUGGAACAGGUGAGCGUCCGCGGGGCGGCGGGUCCCCGCCCUUCCCCGCGGGCGCGCCUCCUCCCAGCCAGCCUCCCGGCGCCGAGCUGCUCCGCAGCUCCCCUGGGUUUGGGCUUUUGCGCCUGGCAGCUGGCUUUUUUCCCCUCCCCUGUUUCUGCCUCUCCUUCUUCUUUUAGGUCGCUCCACCCCGCCCAGGAUCCGGCGAAGGGGAACGGGCCGGGCUGCGGCUGCCAACUCGCGCCGGGUGCGUGUGUGCGAACUCCCGGAGCGGCGUCCCGCGCCCUGCCUCCGCCCUGCGCGGCGCGCGCUCCUCGCUCCCCGGGCCCGCGGCCUCCCCCGCAGCCCUUCCCCACUUUUCCCCCCUUUGGCAAUCACAUGGCAUUUUAAGAAUGCCGGAAAGAUGGCGGUAGCGACGGCGGCGGCGGCGGCGGCGGCGGGGCCGAGCGGCGGGGGAGGCGGCCGGGCGCAGCGGAGCGGGCUGCUGGAAGUUUUGGUGCGGGAUCGCUGGCACAAAGUUCUGGUGAACUUGAGCGAGGACGCCCUGGUUCUGAGCUGCGAGGAGGGCGCCGCGGCGUACAACGGCAUCGGGACCGCCACCAAUGGCUCGUUCUGCAGGGGCGCCGGCGGCGCUCAGCCCCCGGACUCGCCCGCCGGGGUCCGCACCGCCUUCACCGACCUGCCCGAGCAGGUGCCCGAGUCCAUCUCCAACCAGAAGCGCGGCGUGAAGGUGCUGAAGCAGGAGCUGGGCGGGCUGGGCAUCAGCAUCAAGGGGGGCAAGGAGAACAAGAUGCCCAUCCUCAUCAGCAAGAUCUUCAAGGGGCUGGCGGCGGACCAGACCCAAGCCCUGUACGUGGGCGACGCCAUCCUGUCGGUGAACGGAGCCGAUCUGCGGGACGCCACCCACGACGAGGCGGUGCAGGCGCUGAAGCGCGCCGGCAAGGAGGUGCUGCUGGAAGUGAAGUACAUGCGAGAAGCCACACCCUAUGUGAAGAAAGGCUCCCCAGUAUCUGAGAUCGGCUGGGAAACACCUCCGCCAGAAUCGCCUCGGUUAGGGGGCGGCUCCUCAGACCCUCUGUCCUCGCAGCCCUUCUCCUUCCACAGAGAUCGGAAAAGCAUCCCCCUCAAGAUGUGUUAUGUCACUCGGAGUAUGGCCUCGGCUGACCCUGAGAACAGGCAGCUUGAAAUUCACUCUCCAGAUGCUAAGCACACAGUGAUUCUAAGGAGCAAGGACUCAGCCACUGCCCAGGCCUGGUUCAGUGCCAUCCAUUCCAAUGUUAGUGACCUGCUGACCCAAGUGAUUGCUGAGGUCAGAGAGCAACUGGGGAAAACAGGCAUUGCUGGGAGCCGAGAGAUCAGGCAUCUGGGCUGGCUUGCGGAUAAGGUGCCCGGGGAGAGUGAGAAACAGUGGAAGCCUGCCCUGGUCGUACUGACCGAGAAGGAUCUUUUAAUCUAUGACAGCAUGCCACGGAGGAAGGAAGCCUGGUUCAGCCCAGUUCACACGUACCCUCUUCUUGCCACCAGGCUGGUCCAUUCAGGUCCGGGCAAAGGAUCGCCCCAGGCUGGUGUGGAUCUGUCCUUUGCUACGCGAACAGGCACCAGGCAGGGGAUCGAGACACAUGUCUUCAGGGCCGAGACCGGCAGGGACCUCUCCCAUUGGACGCGGAGCAUCGUACAGGGAUGUCACAACUCGGCAGAACUCGUCACCGAGAUCACCACAGCCUGCACCUACAAAAACCAGGCGUGCUGCCUGACCAUACAUUACGAGAAUGGAUUUUCUAUUACCACGGAACCACAGGAGGGUGCCUUUCCCAAGACCAUCUUACAGUCUCCCUAUGAGAAGCUGAAAAUGUCUUCAGAUGAUGGAAUCAGGAUGCUGUAUUUGGAUUUUGGAGGCAAAGAUGGAGAGAUCCAACUGGACCUUCACUCCUGCCCCAAGCCGAUCGUGUUCAUCAUUCACUCCUUCCUGUCAGCGAAGAUCACAAGACUGGGCUUGGUGGCCUGAGCAGGGGUGGGGGGGGGAUGGCUUGCCUUGGAUAGAAGGAGGGCUGCUGUGGGACGUCAGAUCGGCUGCUCGGCGAGCGGGGAGAUGUAGCAUAGCAGGUCUGCCGCGGUCAGCUUUAGAUCCCCGAGUCCUCAGCUGCCCCAGACUUCUCCAUCAGCUUCACCAACUACAAGGGGGUGCCCCAAGAAAAUACCGCAAGGAAUAUCAGGAGAAAAAUGGCUUUUUAGAACGGUAGAAGGGUAAAGAAGUGAGGGCGAAUGGGAAUACAUAAGCAUAGCUUUGAAAUCACGACAAUCAAGUACAUGAACAUUAGGACAGCAUGUGCAGAUCUUAAUCAUACCAGUGUCUAGGCAACUGGUUCACCCAGGUAAGCAAGGGCUGACCAGAUGAGAAAUGGACACAUUGACCUCCCCCACCCCCCGAUAACAAUGAUCCCUUGUUUUAGUGUGAUUGAUUGCCUACUUCUAAUUGAGUUGACUUUUGCUGGUAAGGAAAGAGAAGUGCUUCAAAUUGGAAACACACCUUUUACUUAAGUAUGAAGCAGCUGUAAUUUUUUUCUUAAUGAAUUAUCUUUCAGUGAUGUACAAUGAGUCUGAAGUAUUCUCAUUAGCAUAUGCCGAGCAGGAAUUAAAUAAAGCGUCAGAUACUGAUCUGAGCUCUGAGCUGGUGGAAUCUGAGCCAAAGUAGACUGUUUAUAGUGCAGAGCUUUGCAGAAGAGUCGUGUGCUUGAAAGAUGAUUAAUCUGGAGACUGCACUCACACCAAGGUGUGUUAUCUUAGAGCCAAGACGGAUAGCUUUACUUAUAGAAAGCAAAUUAUGGAUAUUUUUUUAAAAGAUUGUCAUUUGAGAUAUAUAUAAACAUACGUAUAUCUCCUAUAUAUAUAA